AUGGAACCCCUCGCGCCGCCACCAGCCCUAACACAUCUUUUCACUCUUCGGUGCGCGGUCGACCCUCCGAUGGAGAUCGGGAAUGGACCUUACGGUCGACGUCGCUGUGUACCCAUUAAAUCAGGUACUGUGAGAGGAAAGUACUUGAAUGGGGAAGUAGUUCCUGGUGGAGCGGACUUUAUGUUGGUUGAGGAGGAUCAUACAACACAUGUAAAUACGAAUUAUCUUCUUAAAAGUGAUGAUGGAGCUUAUAUUUAUAUCCGAACGGAAGGAACUCGCGCUGGGCCUCCCGAAGUCUUGAAGGCAUUGAUGGAAGGGGACGGAGUGGAUCCCAGUCAGUACUGGUUUCAUUUACACAUCAAGCUCGAAACCGGACAUGAAAAAUAUAAGUGGAUGAACAACCGGGUCAUUGUUGGACGGGCGACAAGAGGUAAGGGCGAGGUUGCGUAUGAUGCGUAUUUCUUGGAGAACAUUGUUUGA